AUGCGAGACGAAGAAAACGAGCACAGCCUUGAAAUCGAGCUUCCCUUCGUCUACCACCUCUUCGGAUCGCGCGCCAAGGUGGUGUUAAUGAUGGUGGGCGCGGUUUCAUCGAGCUACAAAUCCAAAAUAGCUCCAGUCUUAGCGCCAUUCCUCACCGACCCCAAAACGGUCUUCGUAAUAAGCUCCGAUUUCUGCCAUUGGGGCUACAACUUCGAUUUCCUCUACUACAAGGAUCGCUCCAAGCCGAUCUGGCAGAACAUCGAGGAGCUGGACAAGCGCGGCGCGGCGCUGAUCGAGCAGCAGUCGGCCGACGCGUUCGCGGAGUACAUCGAGGACACGGACAACACGAUCUGCGGUCACAACUGCAUCGAGAUCUUCCUGCGCGCGCUGGCGGCGAGCGGCCUGCAGACGACGACGCGGAUGCUGCGGUACGGGCAGAGCAGCCGCGCGGAGAGCAUGGCGGACAGCAGUGUGAGCUAUUGCGCGCUGAAGACAGCGCUGAAUGCGUGGAUUGUUUGUUGCUCAAACACGAGAAAUGUGGUAUUCUUCGAAGUAGGGACGCGCACAGUCGAGAUUCACGGAGAUUAA